AUGAGGGCCCCCGGGAUCUCUACGCUCCUGUCCUGGGUGGCGACCCUGGGCCAGCUGACCUCCUCAGGAGCCCACCAAGGCCAAAUCGUGGGGGGUCAAGAAGCCAGACCCCACUCCUACCCAUAUGCAGUCUCCAUCCAGUACGAGGGUGAGCACUUCUGCGGGGGGGCCCUCAUCCGGCCUCAGUGGGUGCUCACAGCUGCCCACUGUGAGGUCUCCAAGAACCUAACUGACUUCAAAAUAGUUCUGGGUGCUCACUCCCUGCUGACCCCAGAGUCAACCCAGCAGGUGUUUGGGAUCCUUCAGGCUGUCCCUUAUCCGCUCUAUAAUUCCCAGGCCGAUACCAGUGACCUACAGCUGCUCAAGCUCAAUGGCACCGCUUUGCUCACGAGGUCAGUGAGGCUGGUCAGCCUUCCCAGAUGGAACACAGCAGUCUUCCCAGGGACUCAGUGCCACGUGUGUGGCUGGGGGGACACCACAGGCCUGAAUAAUCCCGCAAAGGUACUCAUGGAGGCGUCUGUUGUGGUGGUAACCAAGCAGGCCUGCAACAGCUCCUGGAAUGGAGUCAUCAACCAGGACAUGGUCUGCGCUUUGGGCUCUGUGAGAGGCCAGUUCCGGGGCGUCUGUGGGGGAGACUCCGGGGGACCACUCAUCUGCCAAGGGAGGCUUCAAGGUGUGGUGUCCUUCUCAACGCCCCUCUGUGGGCACCCCCGCUUCCCUGAUGUCUAUGCUCGUGUCUCCACCUUCAUACCCUGGAUCUAUGACGUCCUGCAACAUUAUUGAUCCUACUGGUGAUGCCCAGCACACAAAAAUCAAGACUUUGGAGCUCAGAUGGCCCACCUGAUCUGGCUUCCUCUCCCUGCAAUCUCACAUGGGGGAAACCCUAGUCCAAGAGAGAGGAAAACACCUUUUCAAGGUUCUCAGAGGGGCUGGCCCAGUAGGGGAGAAUUGACUGGGCCUUCCUGGUUUAAUUGAGGAAUUUGAUUUUGAAUAAAGACUC